ACAAGUCUAUUUCUCAGCCUACCUGAUGGCCCUGCUUUAAUUGAGCUUUUGCUUAAAAUAGAAUACAGAAACAGAAGAGGCAUUUCUUAGCAUAUGGCUGCUAAUAACUGCAUAUAAAAUAAACAAGCUCACCCUCCUCCUCCUCUAUUCCCCAAAGCUGAGAUGUAUCACUGGUGAACUAAGGCUGAUGAAGAGACCUGAGCACACUUGGAUGCUCAGCUGUAAUACAGGCACUGGCACUUUCUACUGAAGCAGGUUCUGAGACACUGAUUUGCAGAGUUUAACAGAUGCUGGCACGGGCACCUGCUUACUGGCGCCAAAGCUACAAAUUCCCUUAAUUCCAAGCCAUGAAUGAAUCCAGGUGGACUGAAUGGAGGAUCCUGAACAUGAGCAGUAGCAUUGUGAAUGUGUCCGAGCAUCACUCCUGCCCACUUGGAUUUGGUCACUACAGUGUGGAAGAUGUCUGCAUCUUUGAGACAGUUGUUAUUGUCUUGCUGACAUUUCUAAUCAUCGCUGGGAAUUUAACAGUCAUCUUUGUCUUUCAUUGUGCUCCACUGUUACACCAUUAUACUACCAGCUACUUCAUACAGACAAUGGCAUAUGCUGACCUCUUCGUUGGAGUUACCUGCUUGGUUCCUACUCUGUCCCUUCUCCAUUACUCUACAGGUGUCCACGAAUCAUUGACUUGCCAGGUGUUUGGAUAUAUUAUUUCAGUUUUAAAAAGUGUUUCUAUGGCCUGUCUUGCUUGCAUCAGUGUGGAUCGCUAUCUUGCAAUAACCAAGCCUCUUUCCUACAAUCAACUGGUCACCCCUUGUCGCCUGAGAAUUUGCAUUAUUAUGAUUUGGAUUUACUCUUGCCUAAUUUUUUUGCCUUCCUUUUUUGGCUGGGGCAAACCUGGUUACCACGGUGACAUUUUUGAAUGGUGUGCCACGUCUUGGCUCACCAGUGCCUAUUUUACGUGCUUUAUUGUUUGUUUACUCUAUGCUCCUGCUGCCUUGGUUGUCUGCUUCACUUACUUUCACAUUUUCAAAAUUUGCCGGCAGCACACCAAAGAGAUAAAUGACCGGAGGGCUCGAUUCCCUAGCCAUGAGGUAGAUGCCUCUAGAGAGACAGGACACAGCCCUGAUCGUCGCUAUGCCAUGGUUUUAUUUAGGAUAACCAGUGUAUUUUACAUGCUAUGGCUUCCGUAUAUUAUUUACUUUCUUCUAGAAAGUUCUCGUGUCUUGGACAAUCCAACACUGUCCUUCUUAACCACCUGGCUUGCUAUAAGCAAUAGUUUUUGUAACUGUGUAAUAUACAGCCUCUCCAACAGUGUUUUCCGCCUUGGCCUCCGAAGACUUUCUGAAACAAUGUGCACAUCUUGUGUGUGUGUGAAGGAUCAGGAAGCACGAGAUCCAAAACCCAGGAGACGGGCAAAUUCCUGUUCCAUUUGAAGAGAACUGCACAGUAAAUCAAAUGUAAUGUGACAGUGGUUUUGGAUUGUAUUCUUGAUUCAUUUGGAAAUUUGCCCUAGAGAAAUAUUUAUGUGAAUAGUUGACUAUGAAGUGAAGAAUGAGAUUAAAGGUCUCUUUUAUUUUCUUUUUGUGCAAGAAAAAAAGCAAAAGGAAAGGAUGUAUGGAGAAUAAUCUCAUAAGAGAAUUACAGCUUGUGAAUAUGUGUUUAGUGUUUUAGCCUCAUCACUGAGGAUUGAAGAGGAACUUAAAAUCUACAAAUCAUGCGCGCUCCUUGGCGUCUCUCUUUCUGUGUCCUCUCUGCCUAUGUCUCUGUCUUUUAUUUAGCCUUAUUCUGUGCUUUUACUCUUUGUACUUGUGGGAGUUUAUUACUUGCUAAACUGCCCUUUAUGAAAAGUACAGGUACAUAUGAGGUCAAUCUACAUCAAUUGUGUGUCUUUAGGGAGGGUACACAGUAAAUGUUACAUUUUAUUAUUUUUCAUAUGACCCCUGUGUUUAUGCUCUUGUCAUCUCCACAGCACAGAUACUUACUUUUCUCUUAUGUAAAAGGACUUUUGGUUUCUCCUCCCUUUCCCCAGCCCAUGCCUUUUCAAUUGUUCUCCAUCUCAUUCCUGUGGAACACACUCUGGAAGUGUCUUAGCUGAUGAAAAAAAAAUCCUCUAUAUAAGGGAAUCUAGAUGUUAAACAAGGUAUUCUUUCUAACAAAGCAGUCUGGUAGCUGGGAGGUUGUGUUCAAUAUUUUAAUGGAUUUUGGAAGCAUUUUUAAACUGCUUUCUUUGAAGCUAGUUCAUGUGUCUAAAGUCCUUUUUGCUAUAGUAAAGCUUUUUUCUUUUUUUCUAUAAAGUCCACAAUCAUCCUGACACAGAUACAGAAUACUCACCAGUAAUGAAGUAGUAUCACUCUUUGUGUUACUCAUAAUGCCCCCUAGGAAAAGUCAAACACUGGAAUUGUGUGUUAGGUCUGCAGCAGCUUACUGUCCUGUCCAUUACUCAUUUGUGUGAUAUGUAUUUUCAUAUUCUAUACUUUUUACAGAAAAAUUAUAUUAUGUGGCUUGUGCCUAAUGUUUUCUUAGCACAAUACAUAUAUUGAUGUUGUUUAAGUUGUCAACAAUGGAACCAUAUGUAUGAACUUAUUUUAAAAGGAAAAUACUUUCGUGCAGUUGUUACAUAGAUAUUUAUAUUAGAGGAAGCUGCAUUCUUAGUGCUGCUGGUGAUGCAGUAUAUUCAUAACAACACUUUAGAGAUGUUGAUAUUUUGUUUCAUACAGGUCUGUUUUUGAAUGAGGAUUGAAAAUUUCUAUUACACUGCUGAGGAUUUUUCUUCUUAGCACUUAAGACUUCUUAUUUGUUUGUUUUUUUUUAAAAAAGCAUUUGAUGAAGCGUGCCUAUGACUCUAACUUAGAAGCUAACCUUGUCUGCACACUGGUGUUUUGACUUCAGAAGUCUAUUAAAGAAAUGUUAUCACUUUAUUGAGGUUGUUCUUAACCCCUGUAUAUUUUUUAAAUAUGUAAGAAAGGUUUAAAAUAAAGAAUAAAAUAGUAUUCUAUAUAUCAAAACCAGACUUUGUAUGAGUUUACUAAACCACCAGGAGCAGAGUUACUUGUUGGGGGAUUAGAAUCAAAUUGUUCUAUACUUCCGCAACUUGGAUUUCUGUGGAUUCUUGUUUCCUGUUUGCUAGUGGUAUCUUAGAUUAAUUGAAGUGUACCUUUUUCAACAGUAUUUCUAACUUUUCAAAUAUGCUAAAUAAAUUCUCCAAUAUUAUAAAAAUUA